CUCCUGCACCACAGAGGUCUUUCAAGUUGGGCUUAAAAAAUAGCUCUCUCCAAUCACAUCUCAGUUCCAGUUAUGGUUGACUUACUUGAUUUCGUUAUAUAUAUAUAUAGAUGUAGACAUGUGUCUAGUAUUUAAAAAAUCAGUUUAAACCAAAGUGUGACACCAAUGGGUGACAAAGUUGAAGAGUGCAUUGCAAUAUGUUUACCUAACCUGACUUCCUCCUGCUGGGUAACUAUGGUAACCGCGAUUUGUUUUCUUCAUGGCUGGACGUUCUGUCCCUCCCUGGCUAAAUGUCUUUCAUGUCAUGGACAUCCUUUGGCAGCCAAAGCUGUGUUGUUGACGUUCUAUUUAGCUAGAUUCCUAAAACGGCAAGCACAUGCCAAAUGUAGCAGACUGGCUGCAGGUCAACAGUAGCCUUCCAGUGCCUCCAAAUGAGCCAUGAUGUCUUGAGCAUCCUUGACUUGACGCUUGAGAGGCUGAGGUAUGGACUAUGAUGGGGCCCUUCAGAGUGAGAGGCAGGUGCUGCUUCAGGAGCAGAAGGCCUGCAGAGUCCGUGCUUACAAAUUCCAUCUUGAGACCAGCCGACGCAGGAAGGCUCUGGAGGACCGCAGGCGGCAGUGGGACAUGCAGGAGCAGCAGAUCAGGGACAAUAUUCUGCAGGUGCGCAAGCAGAGGAUGCAGGAUGCCACCGAGCGCUUCCAGAGGGCCCAUAUACGGCCCUCGCAGAGGAGGAGGCCAGCGUUUGUGAAAAGGACGGUAAAUAUUGACGAAGCACUUAGCAUUAUAGAUGGCCGUGGACCUUAUGCAAAAACCUCCCCCGCCUUACUCACCAACACCUCAGCUAGCAGAAAUGGUACCCCUCCCCCCAUGCCCCAGACAUUUUCUAACCCUGGCUGGCAUCAGAGGGAGCAGGUGCCUGCUUUAUCCAGUGCUAAACUUGAGGACAGACAGAGAAACUACAGAGCCAGCCAGCCCUUCUUCCUGGAUGGCUUACAGGAGCGCAAGGGUUCAGUGAAGGAUGAGGAAUCCCCUUACACUUGGGAAGAGGAAGCCGGUCCUCCCAGUCCCAUAGACAGCUUGUCCAGUCAGGACAGUCUGGAGGUGGAGGAGCUGAAACACCGGCAGAAGCAGCAGCAGCAGAUGAAGUAUGGAGGACGCUGCCAGGCUUCCCCCACACCCCCACCCCCAGCCCCCGACAAAGACAGCCCACCGCCACCACCCCCACCACCACAGACACACCACCCCUCCAGAGCACCACGCCCAUCGUCCGCUACCCGUCACCACCACCACCACCACCACCACGCAACAACAAAUCACCAGGCCUCCUCGGUGACGUCCUCCCCAGCGCAUGACUACUCCGAACCGCGUCCUCCUUUUCCUCCUCCUCCUUCCCUGAGAGAGGACCUCGUUAAACCAAUGGGCAGCAGCCUCCACGGCCUGUCGUCAGCCGCCGCGGCGCAUCCCGCUCAAAAGGAGCCGUCACCGGACACCCAGGAGCAGGGCACUCUGGGCAGCCACGGCCACUGCUAUCCGCUGAGAGCCCAGGAUAAUGUCAGCCACAUGACACGCCACGGCUGCACCAGAGCCGCCUCCGAGGGCGCCGAGGUCCACAGAGAAGCUGUGAGCACGCUCAACCACCAUCAUCACCAUCACCAUCUUUAUCAACAUCAUCAUCAUAAUCAUGGCAAAACAACGCCGGCACGUGUCGGCUGCCGCUCCACCACCACCACCACCACAGAGCUCACAUGCUGGGAACAGGAGUGCAGGACGGUCUGUAUCGCGGAGCAGCAACAGCAGCAGCAGGGCCCGUUGCGAGGCCAAGGGGAAGAUGAGUCCGAGUAUCGUCUCACCACCGCCAUCGCCGCCGGUGCCACGCAGCAGGUCCGACAGACGUCAUCCGGCAACGGCUGUAAACAACCGAGAGACACGUCUUACAAGACGUUCGUCUCUGUUGUGGAGGCAAUCACUCAGCGAGCGUUGGCAUCGGAUAACCAAACGAGCGGAGCCGCGGCGGUGCCGCCGGUGAGCCCGCAUCACUCAAGCAGCAGGCCUCCAGUGCCACCGCAGCAGCCGCCGCCACCGCCGCCUCACGCUGGGCAGGACGCCGGGCACAGGAGAGAGGAGGAGGAGAGCAGACUGCACUCUCGAACGCCGUCCAACUGUAGCUUAACCACGGGAAGCUGCGUGUCCAACUGUACUCUCCCCAUCGCUGCUGCUGCUGCCGCUGCCGAAGUCAAGAUCCUGAAAAGCAUCCUUAAGAAGCGCUCAAAGUACGAGAUGGAAGCGAGCCGGUUCAUGCACACCCCGGGCCAUCUGAUCAUCACCAAGCACAUGGCCAUGUCCCUCCGGGACAGCAUAGAGUUGAUCAGAGGAAAAGGGGGGAGGGAGCCGGAAAACAGCAAGCAAACCCGGAAGAAGAAACUGCGCUGGUUUGACGAGGUGAACGGGAAAAAUCAAGAUAACAACAGCGACAAGGACUCUACUGCUGUUUCGACGCCGGCUAAAAGUAGUAGGCCGCCAGUCCCCUGCAAUCAUCAUCAUCUUCAUCAUCAGGGCUUGAACCAGCUGACCAGUGCAUAUGUGGACGGGGUGAGUGCCACCAUCUCCACGGUCCCGUCCACCCCACAGGGCUCGUCUGCCAGACAGGCCUGGGCAGACGUGGCCACCGCCGUGGGGGACAACAGACGUCAGCAGGAGCCCUCGCACCCACACUCAUCCCAGCCGCCUUCUCAGCCCCAUCAGGUGGCCGCCCCCAAGGUGCAGAGGAACUUCCUGUGCUCGGCGAUCCCCAGGGUUCCCAGGCGAGUGCGCUCGGCCCGCGUGGGCCCCGGUCUCACGCCCUCCUGCGUCCGCAAGGACCUGGUGUCGCGGCCCCACUCGGCUUCCGAGGCUGGUAACGCGCUGAGGAACCAGAAGAGGGCGACGGCGGCCAUGGCCAUGGUUCCCUGCCCACCUCCGAGGCCCGAGGCUGGGCAAGCGGACAGGCAGACGGUGGCAGCGCCUGCUGACUCACAGACGAACAGGCCUUCAGCUGCAGACUGCAGGAACGCGCCACACCGGCACCGACCAGAGGGUCACAUGACGUGCCCACCUGAUGACAGUCCGGUGUUGCCCCAUGCCCCAUGUCCUCCUCCCGCCUCGUCGGAGAGCGGAGGAGGAGGAGGGCAGAAGCCCAGGGUUUCUUUCGGCCAACAUGGCUCCCAUGUCGGUGCCAGGAGGUGUGGGGCGGCUUGCGAGGAGAACGGCAUUUGCCUGAACCGGACACCUACGGAUGACGAAAUAGCACUGCUGUGGAGCGGGCUCAGAAGCGUCCUGUCGUCCAAAGAUGAUCGCGUCAGCCAGGCCCUGUUCCCAGAUCCUUGUAUGAUCGGAGAUGUAAGGUCACUUGCAGGAAUGAGGGGCUCUUAUCUUUCACCCUCUAAUGGCGUGGUGAGGCGACCGAUGAGAAGGCCUCAGGAGGCAAACGGGAGCAAGAACAAGCGAAUGCCAGCGCAGCAUCCGGCUCAGAUUCCUGGCUCAGCUAGCAAGAAGCUCAGCGCAACUAACCAGCCAAGUCUGAUGACAAUGCCUUUGCCAAGAGAAGUUCCGGAUCAAGGGCCGCUCCAGAGGACGGGUCACCCCGCUGCACUGAGCCUGAGUGGGCUGUCUCUGGAGGAGCAGAGGGUUCAGCAGUCCCUGGACCGACUCAACCAGCGCUUGCAGUGUGUGGUAGCAGAUCAUCCAUCAAUGAAGAGACUUCUCCACCCUGAGGGCUCCCAUCAAAUUUCCACAAAGUUCGGAGAUGGAGUGCAGCCUUCAGGACGAUAGAAGAUUGAGCUCAGCGUCCAACAACACCCGCUGCUUCUAGCCCAGUGCCCACUGACUCCAUCCUGUGCCCUUCUUCCGUGACUACGUACAGUACAGUGCCCACUGAUGUCAUCACCCUGUGCCCGUUGUUGUCACCCUGUGCCCGCUAUUGUCAUCUAGUGCCUCGUUAACCCGCGUAAUAAUGUGCACUAUAAACUUAUAUGCGAAAAAGGCUCUUAGCGAUGUUCGACCCUAGCAGCCCUUCAAAGUGUUCAAACGUGUUAAAAGCACUUUACAUACGUGUUGUAUGUGUGUUUGCAUGCUAAUUAAGCGAUUGUUUUACAAUAUAGUAUAUUUAAAUUAUUUAUUUUCAGAAAUAAUUGCAAAGUAAUUUUGUAAUGUUACCUUCGUAGAUCGUGAGCAAAAAAAAGUUUGAAGGACAGUUUUGGUUGAAAUUUUUAAAUCUGGGAAUGAUAAAAAAAGUAUAUAUUUUUUAUACUGUUAUUUAACAAUACAAUAAAAAAAGAACAUUGAAACUGUUCAA